CUACAGCCUUAAUUUGUUUCAGGAAAUCACGUGUUUAAAAAUCACCCGGAAGUUUUGGUUUCGAUAAACUGAGCAUUUAUAUAGCGACAACAAGCAGAUCAUGGCAAACAUUUACCAUGCUGUGUCUCCUUAUCAUUGUAUGCUUCAUGAAUGGAGCUUAUUCUUCAGAUAUUACUGCACGAGGAGAUACAUCAGUUCUAUUUGGUGGAGAAGCCUCGCUUUCCUGCGCGCUCUCGAAUCCGUCUGGAGUCAAACAGGUGACUUGGCAGAGGGCGCGCUCCGACGACCGCGCCGAGACUUUGGCUACAUUCAGCGAGGUUUACAAGGAUCAUGUUGAAGAUCAGUACGUCGGAAAAGUGACUUUGACGACGGCGUCAUAUAAUUCAACGUCUAUUGUGAUCAAAAACGUCACAUUUGAGGACGAGGCUUGCUACAUUUGCUCCUUCCAAGCUUAUCCAGUUGGAGCGAAAUGGAAAACAUUGUGUCUAACUGUUAAAGGUAUAUCAGAAAUAACAGCCAUCAUAAAUCCACCAUCCAGUUCUGAUUCAGAAGUUUCAGUUACGUGUUCAGCCACUGGUAAACCCACACCGAUACUCCAGUGGAAAUCCACAGAGAAACACCAGAACCUCAAACUCUCCGGAUCAAAUACUUCAGUAAAUGUCAACAAUGAUGGUUCAAACACUACUACAAGUCACCUCAAACUUACAUCGUCACAAUAUUAUGGGAAGUAUGUGGAAUGUGUCGCUCUGAGUGGCAACAUAGAGGAAAAGUACCAAAUCUACUUGAAGGGAGAAAAUGAUGAAGGAAACAAUAUUACAUCAAGAUCCUAUAUCACUACAGUUAUCAUCGUCGUUUUCAUACUUGUUCUUAUUUUGGUCAUCAUCUAUCUUUACAACAAGCUAAAAGGAGCCAAUUUAAUGAAGAAAUUUACUUCUGCAGAAUCGCUUCAUGAUGAAGUUGUAUAAUGCUGAAUGAAAUUUAAAAGUCCUCAACUACCUCAACAUUUCUGUCAAAUGACCUUCAUGGAAGUCCUUUUUGAUGUUUGUGUUUCCCUUACCUCUGUGUUAUUUAAAUGACUUGUGAAUUGUUAUAUUUGUUAUGUUGUUGUAUAGUUUUAUAUUUUUUAAUGUAUUUUUAUAUUCAAUGUAACGUAUUUAUUUAUACAUGUUUACAUACUGCACAGUGCGCACAGCCCAUAAAUGAUUCAGACUUGGUACUUUAUUAGAGUAUUUGCAUCAUAUCUGUUUUCAAACACCUACUUGUAAUUCAAAACAUUUCAAAUUUGCUCUGACUUUGCACUUUAUAGUUUUCAUAAUGAUGCACUUACACCUUAAAACCAUAAACUGCAUAUUCUAUGUCUCAUUUUUAUAUUUAUUAUAUUUAUAUAGGGCCGGUUUCCCGGACAGGGAUUAGACUAGUCCUAGACUAAAAUAAAUAUAAAAUCUGUCCAAUGUAAGUCCUGGCUUAAGCUAAUCCCUGCCCGGGAUAACCACCCCAUAGUCUCUUUAUUAAAGUUUCAAAACUUAUAAGCUGUUAUUUGUUGUGUUGUCAUAAUAAAAAUAUGUUCUAUGCUGUAUGUUCAAUUGCUGUCUUUCUGUUUUACCUCAACCCUGAUGUUGAACAAUGAGGGUGAUAAUAAUCUUGGCAAAAAUAAAACUCUUGCUUUUAAGUU